AUGGCUCCCACUUCUCGACCCGACUACAACCUCCAUCUCGAGGGCCUCCCACAGCUCAACAUGCAGACCCGAUCCGCCAGCACUUCACAAGCAAAUUCUCCCAUCGAACCGCCUGCAGGCUCAGGCUUGAGAUAUCCUUUGGGCAAUGGUGCACAAGUUGGAUCUGGCAGAACAGGUUCUCCCAGCAAGGAAUACGGCAGUCGACUCUUUCCAAAACGUGCACGGGAGAUUCAGCAACAGGAAGGUCUCUCGCCGCAGAUCUGGGGCCCUCCCACGACCGGCAGUGGCCAUUCGACACCCCUCAGAGAGACGAUUCCCGAAUCACCCAGCAGCGAUAAUUUUCCCGACUUUGACGCAGCACCGCCAUCCAACGGCAGUCCGUCCACGGAGUCUCCAUCGAACUCGACACGACGCACAAGAGCUGGUACUGUUCCAUCACGGUUUCCUGCAAUGGGUACAUCCUCAAAUUCUGCAUCGAAAGCGGGCCGACCGACUCCGUCGAGCGGUCCGUACUCAGGAUCCAGCUCGCCGGGACUGUUCGAGCAGCAGGUCGCCGCUGGAGCUGCUCUCAGCAGUAGCAAUGCCGCUUUGCUAUCACGUCUGAGAGCUGGAUCAAUGCCACAACGUCCGAACAUGCUGGGCACAUCCAAUCCAUUUGGCAAUUCGCUUUUUGCAAGUAACUGGAUGGCAGGAAGAGAGCGGGCAAGUACCCUGCAGAGUAUCCGUUCUUCGGAUGGCCCAUCGUCUCCCAUUGCCUCUCCUGCAGACGGCGACGUCAGAACGUUGGACUACUUGGGCCUGGUCGACAACCCCAAUUCUGGACACAAUGGCUUGUCUAGGGCGGAAAUGGACAUGCUUAUGAGCCAGUCGGGCAUGAAUGGUAACACGGCGAAUCGCUUCCGCUCGUACUCGGUCAAUGCAAAGGAAAAGUAUGCAGAUGGUGAAGAGGAUGAGAUGGAUCAGUAUGAGCAGCUUCAACAACAGCUCUAUCCCGGCUCGAUGACUCCGACCGAUGCAACUGCUGCUGCCCAAGCUGCUGCCAUUCAUGAAGCGGUUCGACAGCACAAUCUCGAGGUGCAGGCAUUUGCCAACUUCGCAAGCGCGAACAGACCGAGAGCUCGUACCGCCGGAGUCCUGGACUCGCCAUCGUCUCGAGUCCUACGCAAUUAUGCACCCACUGCAUCUCGCAUGGAGAACAGCAUCACAGCGGCCGACUUGCAAAGCAACGAUGGCUCGGAAUAUGGUAAUUUGGCGACCGCUGUGCAGAACAUGAACCUCAACAACAAGAAGGUGUCCUAUGAAGGUGGCUUAGACGCUGGAAGUUUGGAAACUCCAACUCGCUCACUGUGGCUUGGAAACAUCCCCUCGUCUACCACUGUCUCCUCUCUGAACGCCAUUUUCGGCCAGUUCGGCCCAAUCGAAUUUGCCAGGGUGCUGACCCACAAGAGCUGUGGCUUUGUGAACUUUGAGAGCCUGCAGAGUGCCGUCGCCGCCAAGGGGCAGUGCAAUGGCAAGGAGAUCUUCCCCGGAUGUGGGCCCGUUAGGAUCGGGUUCGCAAAGGAACAGAGCGCCUCCAACACGCCUGGAGCCAAUGGAAUAUAUCCUUCGCCAAGUCCGGAUCCGUUCGUAUCGAAGAGUCGCGCAGAUAACAGUCAGGCUUCAGCAGGCGCGCAGGCUGGUGGAAACAUCAAUGCCGAGACCGCCGCCGCUGCACUUGCGACUCCGAAUCUGCUGGAGUCGAAAGAUGAGAUCUCCAACAUCGUCCAACAGUUUGGUGCUACCCAAGAAGACCAAACUCGAAUGAUAGCGGCCUUGGAGACUGCAAUGAAUUGGGAUCAGUAUCUGCCAGAAAUCCCGCCGAUGCAGGAGCCGAGUCAUAGCAGAGUCCACGAUGCUCCACGUCUGCGCGAGAUCCGCAAGCGUAUCGACAAUAACUCGUGUAGCCCGACGGAGAUUGAGAGCAUUGCCAUGGAAAUGCUGCCCGAAAUCGCUGAGCUUGCAUCGGACUAUCUGGGCAACACUGUCGUGCAGAAGCUCUUUGAGCACUGUUCCGAAGAGACCAAGGAGGCGAUGCUAGGUGAAAUCGCACCGCACCUGGCAGAGAUUGGCGUUCACAAGAACGGAACCUGGGCUGCGCAGAAAAUCAUCGAUGUCGCCCGAACUCCAAACCAGAUGACGAUGAUCGUGGAUGCCCUAAAACCUCAUGCUGUCAACCUCUUCCUCGACCAGUACGGCAACUACGUGAUGCAGUGUUGCUUGCGAUUCCAGGCUCCAAUCAACAACUUCAUCUUUGAUACGAUGCUGAGCAAGCUCUGGGACUCUGCUCAGGGUCGAUUUGGUGCUCGGGCAAUGCGUGCGUGUCUUGAGAGCCACUUCGCGACCAAUGACCAGAAGCGACUCAUGGCAGCCGCCAUCGCUUUGCACGGCGCUCAACUUGCUACAAACUCGAACGGUGCCCUUCUCCUGACCUGGUUUCUGGAUACCUGCACGUUCCCUCGCCGUCGCUCGGUCCUCGCGCCACGACUUAUCCCUCACCUGGUUCAUCUAUGCACGCACAAGGUCGCCUACUUGACCGUCCUCAAGGUCAUCAACCAACGUAACGAGACCGACGCCCGCGAUAGCAUUCUUCGCGCCCUAUUUUUUGACGAACAGACCCUCACCGACAUUAUUAGCGACCAUGGGUGCGGCGCGACCCUUAUCUUUAAAGUAUUGACCACCCCAUUCCUCGACGAAGGCGUCCGUCCGGAGUGCGUGGAGAAUGUUCGAAACGUCCUCCUUCGCAUGAAGGCCACCCCAUCUCAAGGCUACAAGCGUCUUAUGGAUGAAGUCGGCCUCUCGACUCGACACGGCGGUACACCUGAUGGAGCUCGCUCCAACUCGAAGUCCCGGCAGUCCAACGGCUACCAUCAUACCAACCAGGGUCCGGUUUAUGACAAUCUGUCCCACCAAGCUAAUGGCUACCCUCGCGGCUCUCCUUACCUCUCGCAGACUGACCCUUCUGCGCUCUCCCGCUCCAUCAGCAUGGACUCGAACUCCUUCGAUCCCUACCUCCAACAAUACACUCACCAUCAAUCGCCGGCGCUUUCUACUCCCGGCCUUUCUCCCAUCAACCCUCUGCAAUAUCAACAAGCACUCCUCGCACAACACCUUCUACCCAUCACCCGGGCUCACGCCUGUAAACGCGAUGAACGGCAUGUCGAACUACGUUGCAAAUGCAGAUGCAAGGCAUGGUACGGCGGUGCGCCUGGAUUCGGCAUGCCGCCACCACCACAACCGCAAUUCUACGCGCAGCAGGGAAAGACAAAUGGUGGCGGUGGCGGAAGGCGCGGAAGAGGUGGAAACUGA